UCGCCUCUCUCCUCUCUCUUCAGUCUUGCUUUGCCUGUCAGAAAGGUGCUCCACUACCGGAGGCUAGGCUACCCUCCUCUCGGACCCCCCUCCCCCGUGCGAGAGCCAGCCGCUAUCGAAUCCCCCCCCUCCCCUCUGCCCAAGGCUCGGGCUCCCCACCCCUCUUUCUCACGGGUCCAACCAUGGCGACCACCGCUACUUCCACCCGGUUCACCGAUGAGUACCAGCUGUACGAGGAGCUCGGGAAGGGAGCUUUUUCAGUGGUGCGUAGGUGUGUAAAGAAGUCAUCGGGACAAGAGUAUGCUGCAAAAAUUAUCAACACUAAGAAGCUUUCUGCAAGAGACCACCAAAAGCUGGAAAGAGAGGCACGCAUCUGUCGUCUCUUGAAACAUCCCAAUAUUGUGCGACUUCAUGACAGCAUUUCAGAGGAAGGCUUUCAUUACCUCGUCUUUGACCUUGUGACAGGAGGAGAGCUUUUUGAGGACAUUGUAGCCAGGGAGUACUACAGUGAGGCCGAUGCUAGUCACUGCAUUAGUCAGAUCUUGGAAAGUGUCAAUCAUAUCCACCAGCAUGAUAUUGUGCACAGAGACCUCAAGCCUGAGAACCUGUUGCUGGCCAGUAAGAUGAAGGGGGCUGCAGUGAAGCUGGCAGACUUUGGGCUCGCUAUUGAGGUGCAGGGAGACCAGCAGGCUUGGUUUGGAUUUGCUGGAACUCCUGGUUAUCUCUCCCCCGAGGUCUUGAGGAAGGAUCCCUACGGCAAGCCUGUAGAUAUAUGGGCCUGCGGUGUUAUUCUCUAUAUCUUGUUAGUCGGAUAUCCUCCUUUCUGGGAUGAAGAUCAACACAAACUCUAUCAGCAGAUCAAAGCUGGGGCCUACGAUUUCCCGUCUCCAGAGUGGGACACAGUGACUCCAGAAGCGAAGAACCUGAUCAACCAGAUGCUGACCAUCAAUCCAGCCAAGAGAAUCACUGCUGAACAAGCCCUGAAACACCCAUGGGUCUGCCACCGUUCUACAGUGGCCUCCAUGAUGCACAGACAGGAAACUGUUGAAUGUCUGCGUAAAUUCAACGCUCGCCGAAAACUAAAGGGAGCCAUUCUCACCACCAUGCUGGUGUCCAGAAACUUCUCAGUGGGCCGGCAGCAUACCAACUCUGCUGCUGCCGCCUCCUCCACGGCCUCACUGGCUCAGGAAGCAUGCAAAAGUUUACUCAACAAGAAGUCGGAUUCUGCCAAGCCUUCUACCAACAACAGUAAGAACAGUAUAGUGAGUGCCAUCAAUGCCCUGAAAGACACCAACAUGGCAGCCAACGCCCAGAUGGAGUCUCAAAGCACAGUGGUGCACAACCCUCCGGAUGGAGUCAAGGGAUCGACGGAGAGCAACGCCACAAACGACGAGGAGGAAAUGAAAGGUAGGAAAGCAGACAGUUCAGCGCUGAGUCAGAGCAGCGCCGCUGAGGAGAUGCCCCCUCUUCUGCCCUCACCUCAAAGCUCACCUGCCAUUCCACCGCAUGAUGUAAAGCGCAUGGCAUGGAACAGCACGGGCAACAGCUCCUGCCCCGACUCAGACCAAUCACAGUCCUCCAUCCCUGCCGCUCCACUAGGGAGCAGCACUGUCGCUGCUAAAAGCAACACUAAGCAGAGCCGUAAACAGGAGAUCAUCAAGAUAACCGAACAGCUGAUUGAAGCAAUCAACAAUGGCGAUUUUGAAGCCUACACGAGGAUUUGCGAUCCUGGACUCACCUCUUUUGAACCAGAAGCUUUGGGGAACCUGGUGGAAGGCAUGGACUUCCACAAGUUCUACUUUGAAAACUUGCUGAGCAAGAACAACAAGCCUGUGCACACCACCCUGCUCAACCCUCAUGUGCACCUCAUCGGCGAGGACGCCGCCUGCAUCGCCUACAUCCGGCUCACGCAGUUUGUCGACUCCACGGGCCGCCCUCGCUCCAGCCAGUCCGAGGAGACCCGCGUUUGGCACCGCCGCGAUGGAAAGUGGCUCAAUGUCCACUUCCACUGCUCAGGAGCACCUGCUGCACCACUACAGUGAUCAGCGGCCCUGAGGCUCCAGUCCUCUGGAGCGAGUUUAUUGGGGUGCAGUUUUUUUCAGCGAGCGUGUUUUAAGAGGCGCAUCCUCUGCGUGGAUUGGAUGGUGCAGGAAGCCCGGCCGGGCGAGAUCGCAUCCCUCUCCACGUUACCAACCAACCCCGUCCCUCCUUUGACCUGACGGAGGCCGGCUGAGCACGAGAAACCCCGCCACCCCCAACCCUGACCCCUCCAUGAGAUGAUGAUGAUGAUGCAUGCAUCUGGCGCCUGACUGGAGGGCGCAGCUUUGCCCUCUUGUCCCUCCCCUGGCAGCCAUCUUUUUCCUGCCUGUGCGAGAUGACACGUCCUGGGGGAGGAGAGGAUAUACAGUUGAACUUGUGACAGUUUGAGUAUGAGUUAUGAAUAUACUGUGUAAAUUAUGGCUAGAUGUACCAGAAACCACCAAAACCCAACCAAGCAUUUAUCUUUAUCUGGAAGAAGAAAAAAAAAAGGGAGGAGCGGAGGGGGAGUGCUUAGAUUUUGUACAGGUUUAGGGAUUACCAGGUUGGAAGAGUUGUCCUCGCCACCUGGUUGUUGACAUGAAGGGAUAAUGUUCCUCAGCUGAGUUAAAGAGGGAAAGAAACGAUUUUUAAAAAAAGAUAAAGAGAUUCACUCUGAGAACUUGAUGACGAGAGAAACUUGAUAUCAAAAACACGAAGCACCAAAGUGUAGAACUUUAGUGUAGGCUUUCUACGUGUUUGUGUUUUCGUCCGUGUGCUUGUUUUCCGACGGAUCGGAAGUCGUCGUCGUCGUGGGAUUGGGGUACUGGGAGGGAACCAUUAGGGGAGGGGGGUGUCUGAAUCGAGGUCGACUUGUGGUGUUUUUAGUCCUGAUCCGUCUGUGUUCUUGUGGAUAACAGGAGCCAUUAUUCGUCUUUUUUCUUUCCAAUUGUCAUUUUAUUUUUCACUGACUGACUAUAAUCAAGGCUGCUUUUUGUAGGGCAGCUGAGAUGUAUUCUUUUUUUUGUUGCUUUUAUUUUAAUAAGGGUUUUAAUUGUGCACAUUUAAAGCUAACCGCGUUAUGUCGUGUGUUUAUAUGCAGUGUAGGGAGGAAGAGGAGGAGGCCCUUACCAUGAAAAGCCGCCCGCAUUCUGCAUGUUUGCUCGCUGCCUCUCCCUCUUUUAACCCCUCCCCAGUCUGUUACUCUGCAAGGGCCUGGUUUGUUUAUAAUCACUGUGUAAAUACAGUGUUUGUAUAGAUAUAUGUAGAAAAGUGUAAUAUAUGUACAUGUAUCUAAGAGACACUCAUCCUGUGCAUUUUGGGGAACCACCCCCCCUCCUGUAACUCCCACUUUCGUUAAGAAAAAAGAAAAAGAUUUCCUCGACAUUUUAAAUUCUCAACCCUGAAGUAUUUGAGGUAAAGGUUACUUUAAUAAAUAAAUCUGAGCUAGCAAAUUCUCCUAUAGUCUCUCCCAUGGCCAAACGACUGUUUCUGAAGAUGGGGAAUAAAGCAAAUGCAGAGAUGGAGGUAAUCCACCCCCCCUACCCCUCCAAAACGAGACUCCGGUUACUAUUUUUAAAGAAACUAGUGUCUGUAACUCCUGGUCCCACGAUGCUGUGAGCCGUCUUUUCAUAUCAUAUGCACCCACGCACUCCAGGCGGCGUGUUUUUAGGCUUUGUAACAUAUCUGCACCGCUGCUGUGACCGGCGCCGCCCUCGUCGUGCUGCUUUAGGUGUCCUCCCUCCUUGAUAUCUCCAUUUGACUGACCCUCCCCCUCCUUUUCUGCUCUUGAAAUGAUUAUUUGUUCCUUUCUCUGUUGUUCCCGUGUUACUGGUUUUAAGUUUUUAUUAUUAUAUUAUUAUUAAUGUUGCUGUUGUUGGUUGGUAUUUUACCAAUCUGCCAAGCUGGAGUUCUGCACUCUCCCUCACAUACAUGUAGAGAAAAAAAAAAAAAAAAGGGAAGAGGAAGUGAAGACAACAAAAACUUAAGGGAUAUUGAUCAGGACUUAAUUAUUUAUCCGUGUAAUCUACCCUCGGUGGUUUUAUAUGCCGCCUGCUGAGAGGAGAGAAAUGGUGUCGAUGUGCAGGUUUGUGCCACCAGAGCGGGACACCUACUUAUUUGCAUGUUUCAGUUACACAUUUCUAUCACAAAAUAUGGAUGGAGCUAGUGUUAAUAUAUGAUAUUUGCAUCUUUUGAAAUUUCAUCCAUCCAGAAUGUUGAAUUAAGUGAUAUGAAAAUAUAAAGCAAAAUUUUAAAAAAGGUAAAAAAAAAAAAAAGGAAAAAAAAAAAAAAAGAUUCAGGCGCCGUAGCUUGUUAU